AUGUCGAACAACAAAAAGUCACCCGUCUAUGUGCUAGGCGUAGGCAUGACCAGAUUCAUCAAACCCCGUGGCAAAGUCGACUAUACAGAACUGGGCUUCGAAGCUGGUGUCAAGGCCCUUCUCGAUGCUCAGAUCAACUACGACGAUGUAGAUCAGGGCAUCGCGUGCUACUGUUACGGCGACAGCACCUGCGGCCAGCGCGUCUUUUACCAGUUCGGCAUGACCCAGAUCCCCAUCUACAAUGUCAACAACAAUUGCUCUACUGGAAGCACUGGCCUCAACAUGGCCAGGACCUUGGUUGAACAUGGAGCUGCAGAGUGUGUUAUGGUGGUGGGGUUUGAGAAGAUGAUGCCGGGCAGCUUGCAGAGUUUCUUCAAGGAUAGGGAGAGUCCAACUGGGACGACUGUCAAAAUGAUGGCUGAUACAAGAGGCAUCACCAACUCUCCUGGCGCCGCUCAGAUGUUUGGCAAUGCUGGAAGAGAGUAUAUGGAGAAGUACGGAGCCAAGGCCGAGGACUUUGCAGAGAUCGCUCGCGUCAAUCACGCGCACUCACCAAACAACCCCUACUCUCAGUUCCAACAAGUCUACACUAAAGAGCAAAUCCUUGAGUCUCCAAUGAUUCACGAGCCCUUGACCAAACUUCAAUGCUGUCCAACUUCAGAUGGAGGCGCGGCAGCCGUCAUCGUUUCAGAAGCCUUCCUCAACGCUCGUCCUCACCUUCGCGAACAAGCGGUUGAGAUUGCAGGCCAGCACCUCGCCACAGAUGCUCCCAGUCUCUUCUCCCGUAGCUCCAUUGACCUUAUGGGCUACGAAAUGACGCAGCGGGCCAUGCAGGAAGCAACCAAGCAAGCUGGGAUUUCUCCCCGUGAUGUUCAGGUCGUCGAAGUACACGAUUGCUUCAGUGCGAAUGAGAUGAUCACCAUCGAUGCUCUGGGUCUUUGCGAUAAGGGUAAAGCCCAUGAACUCGUCCGUAAAGGCGACAUUACAUACGGAGGGAAAUACAUCAUCAACCCCUCGGGCGGUCUCAUCUCCAAGGGUCAUCCCCUGGGUGCAACAGGCAUUGCGCAGUGCGCUGAGCUGGUCUGGCAUCUUCGAGGCUGGGCCAACAAUCGCGCAGCGCCCAAUACUCGAUAUUGUCUUCAGCACAAUCUAGGUCUUGGAGGAGCAGCCGUGGUCACUGUGUACAAGAGAGCUGAUGGAGGCACUGCGCCCGCCGUAAACUCGACCAUGGUGGGACAUAGAAACAAACUCGGAUACAAUCCUGCGGUUGUGGCUAAGGGCUUUACGCAGGAGCAUGUGGACAUGGUGAGGAGUAGGAAGGCGAGAAGUGAGUGGGCUUUGCAAGAUGUUGAGAACAAGGUUGAGGCGAGGUUUUGA